CGGUCGAACCAACUGAUUCGUGAUUUGUGUUUAUCCUUCGUUAUUACGCUGUCAGUGAAUUAAUCCAAAAACGUUUAAUUACCAAUCACUUAAUUACCCAAAUAAUUUUUUAAUUCCCUCAGUCCAGGAAAAAUAAAAAUAUGUGAAUAUCGGGCUCCAGUGAAUUGUCGCUCCAGUGGUUGGACUCCAGGACUCAGUAGUGAAGGAGAAAAGCAUCUCAAUACGUGAUUUAGGUUAUAUCGGAGUAAAUACUGAUUAAUUCAAUCGAAUUUAGUGUCGCAGUGUCACCGAAUGUCAUCAUUUUCCAACUGGAAUCAUGCGGGAUAUUGACAAUAACGACUAGAAAAGUGAAGAUUGGGUCCUGGAAACAACCAACAGGUCAAGAUGGCCCAGUACUGGCUGAAUGUGGCAUUCCUCAGAGUCGUUAUACCAGUGACAUUUACAGCAUGCGCGAUAUGGCGACCGGUGGGUUUAUCGUUGAUUUACCUGGUGUUGAUGUUAAUAUCGCCCUUGAUAUCGGUCCCCACCCACGAGACGAUGAAAUCAACGACCGGUCGGUAUUUGAAAUGCUGCCUGAUCUUAUGUUCCCUGACCGCCCUGACCCAGCUGGGGUUUCACAUUAUUCUGCUGGCGGUUCCAUCCAUCCACGAGGAGUUCACGAUGAACUGUUCAUUUCUGGAACAGCUAUUCAGGCACAUUGGACUAGUGCGAAUGGACGAGGCCACUGUCUGGGAAGUUUUCUUCUGGCUGAUCCCAGAAAUUGUUGCCCUACCAGUCACAAUCGUCGUUUUCGUCUUGACUAAAAAAUUCACUUGGAAAAGUCCAGAUGCAGAGGGCUCAAAUCGCCAUCCGGAACCCGGCCCCACCGCAAAACAAUCCCUUGAUGCCAACAACAAGAUCAUCAAUUUCCUGGGUGGCAUAGGGAGUUACAUCGUUCUCGCCUCUCUCUGUUGUGUGUCCUCCCUAAAUCCCUCAGUGGAGGGUGGUUUCUAUUUCGUGAUAUUCCUGGGGGCAGCGACGUGGUGGGCAUGCUACAAGGAGCUCAAAAAAAUUUUCGCGGGUGUCUGCAGGCUCUUGAUGGCUGUAGUAGUCUUGCACAUCGCCGUUCUCCUGACGUACCAAAACCAGUGGCCACAAGAGAUUGUUCCCGUGAACAGCACCUGGUCCAGGUACUUUGCCCUGGAGCCGUACUACAUGACCAACUGCUCUGAUCCCAGGAACGUUGAUUUUCCUGGGAAAGACUCUGAGUGGGCGAAUUAUGGUUACGCCCUCGGACUUUUCUGGCUGUACUAUGUCCUUGCUCUACAGUCGCAGUAUCUUUUCAACAAACCGAAGCCGCCAGUUGCACUUUCGACUCAACCUGACGAGAGGACACCCCUGAUGCGGUUUGGUUCCGGAAGGACUGGUCUCCUUCAGGACUCGACUGGUAGUGUCAUUGUCCAGGACGGACAGCACGAUGACAGUAUUCAGAUGCAAUCCAUGAGUGACGGUAAAUCCAUACCUCCAUCCCUAAACCAUCAAAGAGGUCAAGACGACGAACCAGGCCCCAUAGAGCAUAUAAUAAUGGCGGUCUACUCGAUCUUUCAACUAAUCGCCAACUCCUCGUACCUCGCGACAAACAUAAUAAUGAUGACGUGGAGCAUCAUGUAUCACAGUUGGACGACAUUUGUCUUCCUGCUGUGGGCGUUGAUUCUGUGGAUGGUUCCGAAUAAGCGCGCUUCCAUGAUGAAGUGUUCCCCCUUCAUUGUUUUAUACGGUAGCAUCCUAGUGCUUAUCGGCUAUGUCUUCAGCAUGAACCUCACCGAGGAAGAGCUCCCCACAGUGAUCGACGGCUUCAGCCUUUCGGAAUUGGGCUUCAGUAAGUCAGAUCAGAUGAACAGCUACCACUUGAUCGUGAAGAGUGCCUUCAUGAUGAUGUUCUGGAUUACCCUGCGCCAGUACAUGUCCGAGAAGCAACGAGAACAGCGCUCCUCGACCCUUCGAGACAUGGUAGCUCCCCUACACGUGACGGUAUCAGCUGCGACGUCCUCAAUGCAGCACGACAGCACAGAGAUAAAAUCUCAAUUCAUGAAGGACGUUGGUCUUGUCCUGAAAAAGCUCUUCACUAAAUUCUGGAUCGUUGUUGUCGCCAUAAUGCUCUUCACCAGUGGUAUAACAGGGGAACGAAUGACGGUCUUCAGGAUAAUCUACAUGUCACUCUUCUUGAUUUUCGUCAUCUCCUUUCAGAUAUCGUGGUCAGGUUGGAGAAAGAUGAUGUACGGUUUCUGGAUAACAGUAAUCGUGUACUCAGUUGUGAUGUUGAUCCUAGUGUACACAUAUCAAUUCCACAAUUUUCCCACAUACUGGGAGCGUCUGUACAUUGACAAAAAACUUCAGAACGACAUUGGACUUGAGACCUAUCAGACAAAAGAUCUCUUCGUCCGUCUUCUAACACCGACGUUUUUCGUUAUUAUAACAGUCCUUCAAAUGCACUACUUCCACGAUGAUUUCCUCGAGGCAACAAGCAUGGACAAAAUAAGCGUGGACACAGUAUCGAAGAGAGGAAGUCUCGGACGAUCGACGUCAAUGGCUCCAGAAGUCUCGCCCCUGGAGGUUCUUCUGAGUGAGCACGAGGAGAGAACCACGAUCUAUACACUUAAACAACUGAAGCACAUGUCUAAGCUCGAGAGAGCUGCUCUCUUCCGAAGGGCUCUCGAGCAAUUGAAAAAUGCUUACAACUACCUCUGGCUAUUUCUUGAGAUUCACAUGCAGAAGAUCAUAUACAUUUCCCUGAUGCUCCUCUGUCUAAAUGACGUAUGCGCUAUAAACCUUUUUUUCGUGAUAGCAGUCGUUGUCGUAAUGAACUUCACAAGAUCGAUGCAAAUAAUGGCGAUCAAUGGAAUGGCUAUGGCUGUUGCUUUACUCAUGGUAGCCAAAAUGUUAUACCAGAUAGAGUACAUAAACCAUUAUAACUGGGACGUUAACUGUACCAGUGAGAUUCCAGAUAAGGAAAACAACACGUCGAAUCACACGUACAACAGUGCAGAGUGGAUUGGGCUGCGAAAGGCAGCGCCUGGAAUGCUGCCAGACCUGUUGAAAGGCUACAUUGGCAUCGUCACAGUGACAACAUUCAGGGCCAUUAUUAUGGUACGCCAGUGUUUUUACAGGCAUGGAAAAGGACAGUCUCUGGAUACUCCCCAGGUUAUGUUCCCGAGUAUAACUCGUGCAGAGGCUGACAGGGGCAUUGGCGAGUGCCUCAAGUUCCUCUUCAAUUAUGGUUUCUACAAGUUUGGGCUUGAACUGUGCUUUAUGGUACUGGUUGCAUUGAUUGGCACUCGCCUGGAUUUUUUCUCAGUGCUGUAUGGGGUCUGGCUUUUGAUUAUGUUCGCCCAGAAACGCAGAACCAUUGCCAGAAUCUGGCCCUUCUUCAAGGGAUUCGUCAUGAUUCUUCUUCCACUGCAGUAUUUCUUCGCUGUAGCACCUCCCCCGUGGCUCUGCAUCGAUUACCCCUGGAGAGAGAGCCAGAUACUUGUGAGACUCCAGGAGUGGAUGUAUCUCCCUGAUCCUGACUUUCCACCCAAUGCCAAGAAACUCAUUUGUGAUUUUUUCCUGCUGCUGAUGGUUGUCAGGCAGAGUCUGGUGUUCAGAAUUGAAGCGAGGAGUACAGCUGAGGGGCAGGAUUUCGUCGCUGGGCACAAUUAUUCGGUCUUUCAAGAUAUGGAGAAACCGAAUUUCGUGAAUCCUGUUAAGGAUUAUGUCUCACAUAUUCAUUGCUGGCUGGAUGUUGUGAAGAGGGGAGUUAUGAUGAGCUUCCUAUGGAUUACUUUGUCAAUUAUGUUUCUCGCUGGGACCAAGAGAACUAAUUUGUUUUCAUUGGGAUAUUUGAUUGGGGCGUUUGUGUUUUUGUGGCAGGGGAGUGAUUUUUAUUUGAGACCUGUGAAGACCAUUCUCAAGUGGUGGAAUUUGCUCCUGGGAUAUAAUGUCGUUGUCAUCUUCUCGAAGACGAUUCUUCAGGGCGUAGGCUGUGUCCUUAUUCAGCAGAUGGAAGAGUCGGCGUGCUGGCUCAUUCAACUACUUGGAAUUGCCUGUCUCCAGAAAUUUGACGGCUCGAAUCUGCCACUCAGUGCUACAUGCGAUGUCCCCAGGGAGGACAUUGGAAUGUUCUGGGAUGGACUGUGCUUUACUUUUCUGAUUAUUCAGAAGAGGCUGUUUAAGAGUUAUUACUUUUUUCAUAUCGUCGAUGAGACCAAGGCCAUGAGCAUUUUGGCCUCGAGAGGGGCUGAACUCCUCGAGGACCUUCACAAGAAAAGAAUCGAGUACCAAGAGAAUGUUGAGAAGGCUGUGCUGCAGAAGCUCAAGUUCAAAAUGGAUAAGAUCAAGGCAGAUCAGCAAAGAAUCCAGGGACCCAGUUAUAGAGAGCCCGCUGAUCAUAAAAUUGAUUCGCUCUAUCCCAGAGACCGGCCGUUGUACAAACAUCACACGCCAAAGACCAACAGAGAGGCUGUCAGAUCCGGAGACUAUUACAUGUUCGAUGAUUUCGAGGACGAGGAGGAUGUAACCGACCUCUUGCCAUCUCCUGAGGAUCAAGUCGAGGAAGAGGAACGACGAGAACGUCAGAGGCAACGGGGAAGACGGAUGACUGUCUCAGAGCUGAUGACAACCCUUAUCAAGACAGACAUUGAGAUUGCGACCCACGUUGCAAUGUAUGGAGGAACCCAGAAGGACGCAUUGAGAUUGCGACGUCAGAGUGUACCCCUCACUCGCAAGAAAUCAUCAAUGUCAUAUCUCAGCGCACAUUCCGAAACUGAGACAGCCGCGGCAUCCGAUGAUGGUGACAGAACGAGUUUGGUGUCAUCGGAGGCUGAGAGGGAACUGAAGACUGAUGAUCCAGAUAAAUCUCCGAGUCAUUCUGCCUCUGAUGAACGUUUAGAGGGUGAUGAUAAUGAGAAAGAGAAAAGGGGAGCUUCGCUGCUAACUUAUUUCAAAUUCGUCGUCGAGUUUAUCAACAGCUCGAUGGUCUCUGCUACGAGAUAUUUGAACAGAUUUUCCAGGGACUAUAGAUAUAUUCGGAAAGUUCUUGCGAAGGAGAAGAAAAUUUUGAAGGCUAAACCAGAUUUCCGGAUGGGAAUGAGAUUAGGAAUUAAUCAAAUUUGGCAGCCAAUACCAUUAAUGAAACAGAGCUCAGAGACGGAGGGAAGUACUGACGACACAACGGACGGUGAUGAGGGUUCGUGUCAAUCAAAAACUGAGGAUCAAAGCUCGAUUCUGACGCGAACCCAGCAAACACCUCAACCCGAAGAUGACCAACCAGAGCUCUCAGAGGUGGAUCAGCCCCCAGUCAUCCAGCUUCUAGCCUCCAUUUGGUUUGGUAUCCUCGCUCACUCGACCUUCAUGUGCUACUUCAUGAUCUUCCUCCACCAAAUAAAGAACGCCUCAGUACUUUCGAUUCCACUUCCCCUAAUGGUGUUCUUCUGGGGCUCCCUCACAAUUCCUCGCCCCUCGAAAACUUUUUGGGUGACAAUAAUCGCAUACACAGAAGCAAUUGUUAUUGUGAAAUGUAUCUUCCAGCUAGACUUGAUGUCAUGGAAUCGCACAGCGCCCCCAAACAAUCCCCUGUAUUCCCCAAGAAUCAUCGGAGUUGAGAAAAAGCCAAACUACGCCCUGUGGGAUCUCCUAUUGCUGUUAAUGGUCUUCUUCCACCGAUUCAUGUUGAAGUCGUUAGGCCAGUGGACGACUCCCUACGUUGCCAGAAAAAUAAUCCCCUCGAAGCUAACUCUAGCCACGAUGAAGAGUUCUACAGAUACGACAAAUCAGGAGUCAACCAGAUUUCACUGGCAGAAUGAGCAGGAGAAUCAACCAGAGGGUACUCGACAGUCUUUCCGACUUCCCCACGUUUCUGAAGAUGCUCCCUCACAAGAUCAACUAGACCGACAGAAUCAACAGAACCAACAAUCUACCUCAACCCCGGAAAAUCCUCCAGAUCCCUCAUCCGAAGCUCUAAUAGCAGUGAAAGGAGAAGAAGCUCCAGUUUGCACAGAGAAAUUCUCCACAGCAGUGACAGAAACAGCUCAAAAGUACCUCUCUCCAGCUCAAAACUUUUUUGCCAACAUCCUGAGUUCAGAUGGCAAAGAAAAAACUAAUGUGUGCGCCUAUAUGUUCCUGUGUGACUUUUUCAAUUUUCUUCUCAUAAUCUUCGGCUUCUCUUCGUUUGGCACUCAACAAGGAGACGGUGGUGUUGCUGCUUACGUUCAGGAGAACCGAGUCCCCAUGUCUUUCCUCCUCAUGCUGCUUCUUCAGUUCGCUCUGAUCGUCAUCGACAGGGCCCUCUUCCUGCGUAAAUCAAUUCUGGGGAAACUCGUGUUUCAGUACUUCCUGAUUUUCGGUGUUCAUGUGUGGAUGUUUUUUAUUCUUCCCAGCAUAACCGAGAGACAAUUCAACGAUCGUCUGCCCCCACAGAUCUGGUACAUGGUGAAGUGUUUUUAUCUGCUGCUGGCAGCCUAUCAACUGCGCCUGGGAUACCCCACCAGAAUUUUAGGGAAUUUUCUUUGCAAGAAAUAUAGUAUAAUAAAUUAUGCCCUCUUCAAAGUCUUCAUGUUUGUGCCUUUCUUAUUCGAGUUGCGAGCUGUGAUGGACUGGAUCUGGACAGACACCUCCAUGACUAUCAUGGAUUGGUUUAAGAUGGAGGAUAUAUUUGCAUCGAUCUACCAGAUAAAAUGCAUGAGAGGUAUGGAAACAGAUUUUCCUCAGCCUCGAGGAGUCAAGAAACAGCAGAUGAGUAAAUACAUGGUUGGAGGAGGUGCCCUAUUCUUCAUAAUUGGUUUAAUUUGGUUUCCCCUGUUGCUGUUCGCCUUGGGAGGCACCGUCGGGGUUUCUAAUCUGCCAUAUGAGGCCUCUCUCAGCAUCAGGAUAGGCUCAUAUGAGCCCAUCUACACCAUGUCAGCCCAGGACACGUCAAUCUUCUCAUAUUCCGAAGCUGACUUCAAAGCCCUGAAGAACAUAUACAGCAAGAGCAGAUCUGCGGUGACAUUCCUGGAGAAUUACGAAGCCACGGAUGUAGCUGCUGUGAGAUUAAGCAGAUCCUCCAAGAAGCUGUGGAGCAUCUCACCACCGGACAAGGAGAGGCUCAAGCUUGAGCUCGAGUCCAAUGCCACCCUGACGUUUCACAUCGAGUGGACAGUCUCGAGGAAAACUGAUGUUAAGGAUUCGACUGGUGUGACGUCGACACCGAGAAAUAUUCUGAUACCAGCUUGGAUUAAUGGAGAAUUUAAUCCCCUUAGGAAGAACCUGGCUGAGCUACUGGGCCCUGAACCCCCACCCAAUGGGGCUAAUGUCUCCAUUCCUGUGAGAAACGUCUUCCCAAAGUUUCUGAAGGUCACCAAUAGAAUCACUGCUGAAGUGCCACAGCUCAUGAGGAUUCCCAUGUUUCCAGGAUUCGAUGACGGUGAAAUGAACAAUGGGAAGGAUUAUCUGUACAGAAAUGCCACUCUACAUCUGUCCAGUGCCAAUGGAACUACCAGUGGACAGUGGUGGGUCGUCGACGAGAAUUGCGAUGAUGUUAUCUACAUGAAUUUGUUGAAGCAGAUACCAUUGAAUGAUUGUAAUUAUACAUUCAUGUUUUUGUUUAAUGACAAGGCCUUUCCAGAGGGCCUCAGUUUCAUCAGUGGAUUUGGCAUUCUGGGACUGUACACCACUGCUGUUAUUUUAGUCAGUCAGAUAAUGAGAAGAGCUGUCAGCGAAAUGGCACCCAAGAUUAUGUUCGAUGAUAUGCCUUAUGUGGACAGAAUUCUCAGGCUAUGUCUAGAUAUCUAUCUCGUGAGGGAGAGCGGGGAACUCAGUCUCGAGGAAGACCUCUUUGCCAAAUUGAUAUUCCUUUAUAGAAGUCCUGAGACUCUUAUCAGAUGGACCAGACCUCCCGAAUCCGCCACAGGCCCCAGGGAGGAGGGUGAGGAGGAAGAUGACGAGAGGGAGGAGCGAGACAGGCUCAGGGAUCCUUAGGAUUCAUUCUUUCAGGAUUUCGCGUU